AAUAGACACGUUAUUUGACGGGACACUAUGUCAUGGCUGCUGUACUCGUUCACUGGAAGAACAUUAGUCAUCGAAGAGCGGUGCUUAGAAUGGCGUCGUCCAGACGGCUCCAGAAGGAACUCUCGGAUCUGAAGUCAUGUGGAGUAAAGGCCUAUGAAAGUGUCGAAUACGACGAGUCAAACCUCCUUCACUGGACGGUCCUGUUAGUCCCUGACAAGGAGCCAUACAAUAAGGGUGCUUUCAAAGUAAACAUUGAUUUUCCUGCGGACUAUCCUUUCAAACCACCAAAGAUCACCCUUGCUACUAAGAUUUACCAUCCAAACAUCGAUGACAAGGGGCAAGUAUGUCUUCCUAUUGUGGAUCCCAGUAACUGGAAACCUGCCACUCGAACGGAACAAGUUAUGAUGGCUUUGCUGGCACUGAUCCAUGAACCUGAACCAGAUCAUCCGCUUCGAGCAGAUUUAGCGGAGGAAUUCAGCAAAGAUCGCAAAAAGUUCAACAAGACUGCAGAAGAAUUCACAAAGAAGCAUGCCGAAAAACGGCCUGAGUAG